UUAGGGGUUUCUUCUGCAGACAUGCUUCCUGAGGCGGGCUCACCAUGGCUGCUGAGGAUGCUCCGAGACCUUCAGCUGGCCCAGUUUUACCGACCCAUCCUCGAGGAGCUGAAUGUUACUCGGCCAGAACAUUUCGACUUUGUAAGGCCUGAGGACCUGGAUGGCAUUGGCAUGGGCCGGCCUGCACAGCGCAGACUGGCUGAGGCGCUGAAGAGACACCGUUCAGGGCUCAAGUCUAAGAACUGGGUCUACAAGAUCCUUGGGGGUUUUGCCCAUGAGCAGAAGGAGAACACUCCAAUCUCAGACAGCCCCGUGACCCUCCCUGAGCCUGAGGGGGGACUCAAGUGUCUGAUCCCAGAUGGUGCUGUGUGUAGAGGGGAGCUGCUAGGUUCCGGCUGCUUUGGUGUAGUGCACCGAGGACUGUGGACACUGCCUAGUGGCCAGAGCGUCCCUGUGGCUGUCAAGUCCCUUCGGGUGGGCCCAGAAGGCCCUGUAGGCACAGAGCUGGGGGACUUUCUUCGAGAGGUGUCAGUCAUGAUGAACUUGGAGCACCCACACGUGCUGCGUCUGCAUGGCCUUGUACUAGGCCAGCCCCUGCAGAUGGUGAUGGAGCUGGCACCACUGGGGUCCCUGCACGCCCGCCUGACGGCCCCUGCACCCCCACUGCCCGUGGCCCUGCUUUGCCUCUUCCUGCGGCAACUGGCUGGAGCCAUGGCAUAUCUGGGGUCCCGUGGGCUGGUGCAUCGAGACCUCGCUACGCGCAACCUGCUGCUGGCUUCACAGCGCACAAUCAAGGUGGCAGACUUCGGCCUGGUUCGACCACUGCGCGGCUCCCAGGGCCGCUACGUCAUGGGUGGGCCCCGCCCCAUCCCCUUUGCUUGGUGCGCACCAGAGAGCCUGCGCCAUGGGGCCUUCUCUUCUGCCUCGGAUGUAUGGAUGUUUGGGGUGACGCUGUGGGAGAUGUUCUCUGGGGGUGAGGAGCCCUGGGCAGGGGUCCCACCCUACCUCAUCCUGCAUCGGCUGGAAAAGGACCGAGCUCGCCUCCCUAGGCCUUCCCUCUGCUCCAGAGCCCUUUAUGGUCUCGCCUGGCGCUGCUGGGCUCCCCACCCUGCUGAUCGUCCUAGCUUUUCCUGCCUGGAGGAGCUGCUCCAAGAGGCCUGGCCUCCUGAGGGACGUUGUGUGAGGGAUGUUACAGAGCCAGGAGCCCUGAGGAUGGAGCCUGGUGACCCCAUCACCAUCAUUGAGGGCAGUCCUGACUCCACAACCUGGAAGGGGCAGAAUGGUCGCACAUUCAAAGUGGGCAACUUCCCAGCCUCAGCAGUAACUCUGGCAGAUGCAGGGAGUUCACCAGCCACCCGCCCUAACCACAGAAGUGCUCCUGCCCAGGGAGAACGACAUCCGGGAAGCAUAGAUGGGGACAGAGUGAAGGCAAAGCUCCGGGAUACACCUCCAGCACGGGGUCAGAGAAGAAACAUACCCCUGCAGAGGAUGAGAGGCAUUUCUAAGAGCUUGGAGUCUGUUCUGUCCCUGGGACCCCGUCCCACAGGGGGUGGUUCGAGCCCCCCUGAACUUCGACAUGCCAGAGCUGUGCCCCAGGGACCUCCAGGCCUGCCAUCCCGUCCUCCCUUUGCCUCCAGCUCUUCUUGUCAGACCAGCCAGCCCUCCAGGGAACGAUCUCCCUGGCCCAAAAGAGAGCCCGCCCACAAUCAGCACACAGGAACACCUAGAACCAAUAAAGUCACCGCUCCUUCUGGAGGCCUUUUGUCUGACCCUGAGUUACAAAGGAGGAUUAUAGAGAUGGAGCGGAGUGUGCAUGGAGUCACACACCAGGAGUGCCAAGAAGCACUAAGAGCCACUGGGGGGGAUGUGGUUUCUGCCAUCCGGAACCUCAAGGUGGACCAGCUCUUUCACCUGAGUAGCAGGUCCAGAGCUGACUGCCGGCGCAUCUUGGAGCAUUACCAGUGGGACCUCUCAGCUGCCAGUCGCUACGUUCUGGCCCGGCCCUGAGCUCUGCACCUUGAGCAUGGACCAGUAUGGAAAGCCUGUCCCCUCAAGGCCUGGCCACAUGGGACCAAGCAGAACCAGGGCAAGGUCCUGACGAGGAGACCUUCUUACCUGGGGAAACCUUACUACAGACAGGUCCAGGAGUUCAGGAGUAGGCACUGAUGCCCUUCCCCCUUGGCCUCUGAGGGCUCAAGCUCCCUUGGGUGGAUCAUAGAAGGAUCUAGUCCACUUUACCCACCACAUUCCCAAACAGGAGGACUCAUACAGGAAGCUUCUGCUCACUACAGAGAAUGAUCAAGUGGCCAAAAUAAAUCAUGGGUACAGCCUUCCUGAACAGCCUUCCUGAGCUGCCCCACUGUACUCUGGGAGCAAGCCAUCUGGAAUGAGGGAAGCAGCCCUUCUGACAGAGCGCAUGGCCCAAAUGCCUUGACUUGGUG